UUAUAAAUGAUUUUCCAAGAUGGCCGCGCCCAUGGAUUUUUGUGUGGCCGUGAAAAAAGAGGACGCACAAAACGUUCGAAAGAAACUCGAAGCGGCGGGGAUUCUCGACAGAUCAAGGAAAAUUCAAAUUCUGUCGACUGGAGAAGCUGUUAUACCUGUCAAGAAUCACACAUCUGAAGAGAUAAAUGACAUUUUAGGAACGUUAACAUUAGACCACAGGAUUUUGGAUGGCGCCCCCCUCCAACCCUCUAGGAGAAAACAACAUAUUUCCCAGCAAGACCGACUGCGGACAGCCAUUUCUAAGUUGUUAGAUAAAGAAGAGUUGGACAGAGAGCUUGAAACGGACAUUCCAACGAGAUGGGAGAAACAUGGAGACCUUAUCCUUUUGCCAGAAUUUUCUUUUAGAUCUCCCAAAUGGAAAGAGAUCCAGGCAAAAUUUCACCAGCAGGACUGUGAGAACCAAGGCCUGCCCUGUCAGAUGUACAGAUGUUUCUGGCAGCUGAUAACUGAGUCCCUGGGGGGGACCCGACUGGCCAGGAAGGGCACCAUACAGGACGACCUCUACAGGUCACCCAGGGUGGAGCUGUUGCUAGGCGACCAUGGAUGGGUGGGGCACACAGACAAUGGGAUCAGGUACACCUUUGAUGUGACAAGGUGCAUGUUCUCACCUGGAAACAUCACAGAAAAGCUGCGAGUAGCCAGGAUGGGCUGUGAGGGACAAACUGUCGUGGAUCUGUAUGCAGGUAUAGGAUACUUCACCCUCCCGUUCCUGGUGCAUGGCAAGGCGGCAGAGGUGCACGCCUGUGAGUGGAACCCUGCAGCUGUAGAGGCACUGCAGAAAAACCUGCAGAUCAACAAGGUCCAGGACAGAUGUACAGUCCACCAUGGAGACAACAGACAGGUGUGUCCGAGGGGCGUGGCGGACCGUGUGAACCUUGGUCUGAUACCCUCCUCCAGGAGUGGCUGGCCGGUGGCCUGUGCCGCACUGAGACCAACCACAGGAGGCAUUCUGCACAUUCACGAAAACGUCACAACUUUCCACAAAAACGACACUUAUGGUGGCAAAAUUUCUGUCGCUGGAACAAUGGCCAAUACAAAGACACAUGAUUUUAAACAAGAUUCAAGCCAACAUACAAGCAAUAGCUUUGAGGAAGAUGUUUCUUCGGAACAUACGGAGAUAUGUGGUAGUAGCAAAAAUAAAGACGCUUCAAGUGAGUUUUCUGUAAAUCAUAAUCUACAGAAAGAAGAGCAUGAAAGUCAAAUAUACUGUAAACAGUGCUGUCAUAAAGUACAUUGCAGUAGAGAGAGUGAAGCAGGCACAUGUGAUUUAAAGGGUUUUGCUACAUCUUCAGAUAGUGGUGAAAGUGUUCAAAUGGUAAAAGAUAAUGUACAGAAUACGGGAAAGGACAAUUCUGGUUUUGUUGCCAUUCAAGAUGAAAGUUGUCAAAGACAAAAAACACACCAGACAGAUUCUGCUGUGAGUGCAAAAGCUACAUCUGUAAAAGAGGAAUGGAAUCUUUGGGCUGACAGAGUUGCUAAUGACAUCCAAAGAUUGUUGUCAGAAAUGCAAGGUGGUACAUGGCAGACAAGGGUUUUACAUAUUGAGCAUGUAAAGUCGUAUGCACCACAUGUUGACCAUCUUGUGGUGGAUUUAGAGUGUAGGCCUUUACAGACCUGAAAAGUUAAUUUUAAUGAGUUUGUCAAGAAAUGUAAUAAAUGAUGCAAAAUA